CUGGAAGAUGGGCCACACUGCAAGUCGCGUUGCCUGGAUUGUCGGUAGCUAGCUGCCUCGCUUUUUUUCGGUGUAGGCUCCACACGAAUUGAGGUUCGUCUUCGUGACCGCGCAGGUGAUCCGCAAAAUGAAAGGCGUGCUUGUAGACGGCUGCGCACUGAGGACAAACGAACACAACUCGUUCGCAAUGUAUUCGAUUGAUAUGACGAACCAUAUUGGAACGUCGAUUGAACGAUUUAAAACAAUGCUUGCAAACGAAAUACUCAGGAUCACCCAGAAGUGACGCCACAGUCUUGCGUCUCCGCCUCGAAGUAUGUGGCAAAUCGUUUUGCUCUCUAUAUGGCAACGGAAUAA